GCAGAGCGGCGGGCGGCGCAGCCUCGGCCGUGUAGUGUCAGUGCCCGCUCGGGAGCCCCCUGCACAGCCCCUGCCCAGAACCGCAGCCCGCGCUAUCCGCCGCGCUUCAGCGCCUCAGCUGCUCUUCGGGAGCCGUGCAUUGUUGUGAGCCACUGGAGGGGCGCGGGGAUUGCAUAGCCUGGAGCCCCUCGGCGCCCUUUAGAGCCAUGUGGAUACCUACGGAGCACGAGAAAUACGGCGUGGUUAUUGCCGGGUUUCGAGGUACUGUCCCGUAUGGCCUGUCAUUGGAGAUCGGAGAUACUGUUCAGAUCCUGGAGAAGUGUGAUGGCUGGUACAGAGGAUUUGCCUUAAAAAACCCCAAUAUCAAGGGUAUAUUUCCUUCUAGCUAUGUUCACUUGAAAAAUGCCUGUGUGAAGAACAAAGGACAAUUUGAAAUGGUUAUUCCCACUGAAGAUUCUGUUAUCACAGAGAUGACAUCAACAUUAAGAGACUGGGGAACCAUGUGGAAACAACUCUAUGUCAGAAAUGAAGGUGAUCUCUUCCACCGCCUGUGGCACAUAAUGAAUGAAAUCCUAGAUCUGCGGCGGCAGGUGUUAGUAGGCCAUCUUACCCAUGACAGGAUGAAGGACGUGAAGCGCCACAUUACUGCCCGACUGGAUUGGGGAAACGAACAACUGGGACUAGACCUGGUGCCCAGGAAGGAGUAUGCAAUGGUAGACCCCGAGGACAUCAGCAUCACAGAGCUGUACCGACUGAUGGGACAUCGUCAUCGGAAGAAAGACACCCCAGUGCAGGCCAGCAGCCACCACUUGUUUGUCCAGAUGAAAAGCCUCAUGUGUUCCAACCUAGGAGAGGAGCUGGAGGUCAUCUUCUCACUCUUUGACAGUAAAGAGAAUCGCCCAAUCAGUGAGAGAUUUUUCUUGAGACUGAAUCGAAACGGGCUUCCCAAAGUCCCGGAUAAGCCCGAAAGACACUGCUCUCUCUUUGUGGACUUGGGUAGCAGUGAACUCAGGAAGGACAUCUAUAUUACCGUCCACAUUAUCCGCAUUGGUCGAAUGGGAGCAGGAGAAAAAAAGAAUGCCUGCAGUGUUCAGUAUCGGCGACCUUUUGGCUGUGCUGUUCUUAGCAUCGCAGACCUUCUCACGGGAGAGACAAAAGAUGACCUUGUCCUGAAAGUGUACAUGUGUAAUACAGAGAGUGAGUGGUACCAAAUCCACGAGAACAUCAUCAAAAAGCUGAAUGCACGCUAUAAUUUGACUGGCUCCAAUGCAGGAUUAGCAGUUUCCCUGCAGCUGUUACAUGGAGACAUUGAACAAAUCAGGAGAGAGUACUCGUCAGUGUUCUCCCAUGGAGUGUCCAUUACACGGAAGCUCGGCUUCUCUAGCAUCAUCAUGCCUGGUGAAAUGAGGAACGACUUGUACAUCACCGUAGAAAGGGGAGAAUUUGAGAAAGGAGGGAAGAGUGUGGCCAGAAAUGUGGAAGUUACAAUGUUCAUUGUGGAUAGUAAUGGGCAGCCCUUAAAGGAUUUUAUCUCCUUUGGCUCUGGAGAGCCACCAGCUAGUGAGUACCACUCCUUUGUGCUUUAUCAUAACAACAGUCCCAGGUGGUCGGAGCUGCUGAAACUUCCUAUUCCUGUGGAUAAAUUCAGGGGCUCGCACAUUCGCUUUGAGUUCCGGCAUUGUUCCACAAAGGAGAAAGGAGAGAAGAAGUUGUUCGGUUUCUCUUUUGUGCCCCUGAUGCAAGAGGAUGGGAGGACUCUUCCAGAUGGCACACAUGAGCUCAUCGUGCAUAAGUGUGAAGAAAAUACAAACCUCCAGGAUACUACCCGCUACCUCAAGCUUCCUUUUUCCAAGGUCAUCUUCCUCGGGAACAAUAAUCAAACCAUGAAAGUCACCAAGGAGUCGUUUUGGAUAACAUCAUUUCUCUGCUCCACAAAACUCACUCAAAACGGUGAUAUGCUCGAUCUUUUGAAGUGGAGAACCCACCCAGACAAGAUCACAGGCUGUCUCUCUAAGUUAAAAGAAAUUGACGGCUCAGAGAUAGUAAAGUUUCUACAAGACACACUGGAUACCUUGUUUGGAAUAUUAGAUGAAAAUUCCCAGAAAUAUGGGUCUAAAGUGUUCGAUUCUUUGGUCCACAUAAUAAAUUUGCUACAAGAUAGCAAGUUCCAUCAUUUUAAGCCUGUCAUGGACACUUACAUCGAGAGUCACUUUGCUGGGGCCCUCGCAUACAGAGAUCUCAUCAAAGUGCUCAAGUGGUACGUGGACAGGAUAACGGAAGCAGAGCGUCAGGAGCACAUCCAGGAGGUGUUGAAGGCACAAGAAUACAUUUUUAAGUAUAUAGUUCAGUCCCGAAGGCUGUUUUCCCUCGCCACGGGUGGGCAAAAUGAGGAGGAAUUCCGCUGCUGCAUCCAAGAGCUCCUGAUGUCGGUCCGCUUCUUUCUUUCACAAGAGAGCAAAGGGGCUGGAGCGUUAUCCCAGUCGCAGGCUGUUUUCCUGAGCUCCUUUCCGGCGGUGUACUCAGAACUGCUGAAGCUCUUUGAUGUCCGGGAAGUGGCCAACUUGGUACAGGACACUCUGGGCAGCCUGCCGACCAUCAUGCACGUGGACGAUUCCCUGCAGGCAAUUAAGCUUCAGUGCAUUGGCAAGACCGUAGAGAGCCAGCUCUAUACCAACCCAGACUCGCGGUUCAUUCUCCUGCCCGUCGUACUGCACCACCUGCACAUCCACUUACAAGAACAGAAGGACUUGAUCGUGUGUGCACGUAUCCUUAGCAACGUAUUCUGUCUCAUCAAGAAAAAUAGCUCAGAAAAGUCUGUGUUGGAGGAAAUAGACGUGAUAGUGGCCAGCUUGCUGGACAUCCUGCUCAGGACCAUAUUGGAGAUCACCAGUCGGCCUCAAGCAUCCAGCUCUGCCAUGCGGCUGCAGUUCCAGGAUGUCACUGGAGAAUUUGUUGCCUGUCUCCUUUCCCUGUUGCGACAAAUGACAGAUAGACAUUAUCAACAACUUCUGAAUAGUUUCAAUACAAAAGAAGAGCUGCGGGAUUUCCUGCUGCAGAUUUUUACUGUAUUCCGAAUAUUGAUACGCCCAGAGAUGUUCCCCAAGGACUGGACUGUCAUGCGCCUGGUUGCCAACAAUGUUAUCAUUACAACAGUUCUGUACCUCUCUGAUGCUCUCCGCAAGAACUUCUUAAAUGAGAACUUUGACUAUAAGAUCUGGGAUUCCUACUUUUACCUCGCUGUCAUCUUUAUAAACCAGUUGUGUCUGCAACUGGAGAUGUUCACACCUUCCAAAAAGAAAAAGGUGCUAGAAAAGUAUGGCGAUAUGAGGGUCACCAUGGGUUGUGAGAUAUUUAGCAUGUGGCAAAACCUAGGAGAACACAAACUUCAUUUCAUCCCUGCCCUGAUUGGGCCCUUUCUGGAAGUGACCUUGAUUCCCCAGCCAGAUCUCCGGAAUGUCAUGAUUCCCAUCUUUCAUGAUAUGAUGGACUGGGAGCAGAGGAGGAGUGGCAACUUUAAACAGGUGGAAGCCAAGCUAAUUGACAAAUUGGAUAGCCUGAUGUCAGAGGGCAAAGGUGAUGAAACGUACCGUGAGCUCUUCAACAGUAUAAUUCCACUAUUUGGUCCCUACCCUAGUCUACUAAAGAAAAUUGAGCGGGAAACAUGGAGGGAAAGUGGCGUUUCAUUAAUUGCCACUGUCACUCGGCUGAUGGAGAGGUUGUUAGACUACAGGGACUGCAUGAAAAUGGGAGAAGUAGAUGGCAAGAAGAUCGGGUGCACAGUUAGCCUCCUGAACUUCUAUAAGACUGAACUGAACAAGGAGGAGAUGUACAUCCGCUACAUCCACAAACUCUACGAUCUGCACCUCAAGGCUCAGAAUUUCACAGAGGCUGCCUACACCCUCCUAUUGUAUGACGAGCUGCUGGAAUGGUCUGAUCGGCCUCUCAGGGAGUUCCUGACCUACCCCAUGCAAACAGAAUGGCAGCGCAAGGAGCACCUGCACCUCACCAUCAUCCAGAACUUUGACAGAGGCAAAUGUUGGGAAAAUGGCAUUAUCUUGUGCCGGAAGAUUGCAGAGCAGUAUGAGAGUUACUAUGACUACAGGAACCUGAGCAAGAUGAGGAUGAUGGAAGCCUCUCUGUAUGACAAAAUCAUGGACCAGCAGCGUCUGGAACCUGAGUUCUUCAGAGUUGGAUUUUACGGGAAAAAAUUUCCAUUCUUUUUAAGAAAUAAGGAGUUUGUAUGUCGAGGACAUGACUAUGAAAGACUAGAGGCCUUCCAACAGCGAAUGCUGAACGAGUUCCCUCAUGCCAUCGCCAUGCAGCAUGCUAACCAGCCUGACGAGACCAUCUUCCAGGCCGAGGCUCAGUAUUUACAGAUGUAUGCUGUGACUCCCAUUCCAGAGAGCCAGGAGGUACUGCAGAGAGAGGGGGUUCCGGACAACAUCAAGAGCUUCUAUAAAGUGAAUCACAUCUGGAAGUUCCGCUACGACAGACCGUUCCACAAAGGCACGAAAGACAAAGAGAACGAGUUCAAGAGUCUCUGGGUGGAGAGAACAUCGCUCUACUUGGUGCAGAGCUUACCUGGCAUCUCCCGCUGGUUCGAAGUGGAAAAGCGUGAAGUGGUAGAAAUGAGUCCUCUGGAAAAUGCCAUUGAAGUGUUAGAAAACAAGAAUCAGCAACUGAAGACGCUGAUCAGCCAGUGUCAGACGAGGCAGAUGCAGAACAUCAACCCCUUGACCAUGUGCCUCAAUGGAGUCAUAGAUGCCGCAGUGAAUGGUGGCGUUUCCAGGUACCAAGAGGCAUUCUUUGCCAAAGACUAUAUUUUAAGUCAUCCUGAAGACGGGGAGAAGAUUGCACGGUUAAGAGAGCUGAUGCUUGAGCAGGCACAGAUCCUGGAAUUCGGGCUGGCCGUGCAUGAGAAGUUUGUACCUCAAGAUAUGAGACCUCUUCACAAAAAACUGGUAGACCAGUUCUUUGUGAUGAAAUCAAGCUUUGGGAUACAGGAGUUCUCUGCUUGUAUCCAGGCCAGCCCUGUGCAUUUUCCUAAUGGAAGCCCUCGUGUGUGUAGAAACUCGGCCCCUGCCUCCAUGAGUCCAGAUGGUACCAGGGUAAUUCCUAGACGCAGCCCAUUAAGUUACCCAGCUGUGAACCGGUAUUCCUCGUCCUCGUUGUCCUCACAGGCCUCUGCCGAAGUAAGCAAUAUUACAGGGCAGUCAGAAAGCUCUGAUGAAGUCUUUAACAUGCAGCCCAGUCCGUCUACCUCAAGCCUAAGCUCCACUCACUCUGCAUCACCUAAUGUGACAAGUUCUGCUCCGUCGAGUGCCAGAGCUUCUCCUUUGUUGUCUGACAAACACAAACAUUCCAGAGAAAACUCUUGCCUGUCCCCGAGAGAUAGACCAUGCAGUGCCAUUUACCCAACACCUGUGGAGCCUUCCCAGAGGAUGCUGUUUAAUCAUAUUGGAGAUGGGGCCUUGCCACGCAGUGAUCCCAAUCUCUCCGCACCUGAGAAAGCUGUGAAUCCCACCCCUAGCAGCUGGAGCCUGGACAGUGGGAAGGAAGCCAAGAACAUGCCGGACAGUGGGAAACUUAUCUCUCCCCCUGUCCCUCCAAGGCCCACACAGACUGCUUCCCCAGCAAGACACACGACACCAGUAUCCCCCUCGCCUGCUGGGCGGUCUCCAUUGAAGGGCUCCGUACAGUCCUUCACCCCAUCUCCAGUGGAGUACAGCUCCCCAGGACUGAGCUCAAAUUCCCCGGUCUUGUCGGGCAGCUACAGCAGUGGGAUCUCCUCGCUUAGCCGCUGUAGCACGUCAGAAACCUCAGGCUUUGAAAACCAGGGAAACGAACAGUCGCCGCCGGUGUCCAUGCCGGUGCCUGUGCCCAUACCCAGCUUCAGCGGGUCGGAGGAGCCUGUGCGCAAGGAGAGCAAGACUCCACCCCCCUACAGCGUCUACGAGCGGACUCUGCGGCGCCCUGUCCCGCUACCUCACAGCCUCUCCAUCCCUGUCACCUCCGAGCCACCUGCCCUGCCCCCCAAGCCCUUGGCUGUGCGGUCCAGCCACCUGGAGAAUGGGACUCGUAGGACUGAGCCCAGCCCGAGGCCCAGGCCCCUGCCCCGCAAGGUGUCUCAACUAUAAGUCACUUUUCUACGUACCUGCGAUGGAUUCUUUGCCGUUUACAAGCUAAGUCUGAUAAGAAGACAUUUAGUGUAGGCACUUUAAUAUCUUUACUCAGACCUUUCUUUAAAUGAAUGGAAUUAAAUUUGCUUAUUAAUAUAAUGUUGCACAAUAUUAAAAGUUACUGAUCUAAAACGCCAGAUGUUACAUGAAUUAUGGCUAAGUCUCAUUAAAACGUUUUUCAUUUGAAAGUGGUAAAUUGUGAAAAAGAUCCCUUUGGUACCUUUUUAUGUUCACUUUUUUUUAAACGUAGUUUUAUCUUAAAUCCAGUACAAUAUUGUCACGCAGUAGAAUGCGUGAUAAUACUGUGUACUUUUUUUCUGAAGACUUGAUACUGAGAAAGCUGAUCGUGUCUCUGCACACACUUUCACAAUGGCCCUUUCUUAAGACUUUCCUAAGGUGAAGGCUUUGGCUCUCCCCUUGAGCAGAGUGUUGAGCGCACAUCCUCAGAAUUAAAGGUUAAAGCAGGCCAGUUGGAUGAGACGCUUAAGGGUAGCAAGGAUUGGGACAGGAAGUUGUUUAGUUCUUAAAACAAAAUACUUCUCUGAUGUCUGACAGCUGUCUACAUUCUUAGCUCUGCUUUGUGAAUCGGUUGCUAAUUCUUUAAGUGCCCUGACACCAUGCUAUCUACUGUGUAACUUUUCAAGGUGCAAUUUGCUUUCAGAGUUUCAAUCAGCUAGAUUAAACAAAAAGACCCCCGGAGAAGUGUUUACUUGAAUAUUGUACUUCCUUACUUGAUGAUUUCCUGUGUAACACGUGUCAUUGAUGAGGAGCAGAUGUUCAAGGAUUAAAUAGGCACAAAUUACUGUGUCCCAUUAGCAGGGAUUCGGGAAUCAAUACAGGACAGUAGUAAAUCAAUAGUGUGAAAGAAGACAAAAACCGCGGUGAAAAUACAUUAACAUGGUUGAGUGGUAAAAGGACGUUGAAAAGGUGAGGGCAUUAACUUUCAAUCCUGCAUAAAGUAAAGAACUCCUCAGACUCUCCCCUCUUACCAGGAGAGCUGAGCUUCUCUGUUCGUCCUAUGGUCCUUUUGCUAGAGGAGGAGGUUUGUGGACCAUUCUAGCAUGGAUACAGCAGUGUAGCAUCUUAGAUGGAGAUAGAGUAGACAUGCUGAUGUGACAGUUGUAGGAGUGUGAAAAAGCACCUUGUAUGUAGUAAUGUAUUUUUUAUCUUUGUUUUUCUUUUACUGACUGUUUAUAACACUCAAUUGACAAUAGAUAUGAACUGUAUUUUAAACCACGCUGUUAAAUAUUUUCCCUCUUUUGUUGGGAAGCUCAUCUUAGUUUAGUUGUAUUUUUGUUGCUAGCUUACCUGGAAGGCAGUGACCACUUUUUUAUAUUCUCUUAAUGAAACCAUUCAGCAGGUAUAUGCUGUUGAGGCUGGUUAUAGAGGUUUUCUAUAAUAAAUGUUCAAGUAUUUUUGUACAUAACUGGUUAAUUUUAAUAAGAGAUACCAUUAUGUGUAAAAAAAAAAAAAAGUAAAAAUAAAAGCAAACAGUUGUGGAUGCAGUAUGAUUGUUAUAAUUAUGCCAAAUACUUUAUGUAUGGAAAAUAUUUGUACAUAUGUGCUUUUAACAAUAAUUCUGCCAUAUUGACUUUACAAUUUUGAAUGUCAGAAAAUUAAUAUAUGUAAAAAUAUUUAUGUUUAGUGAAAGUAUUCAUAAUUGAGGAAAGGAACAUAUGAAUUUUAGCUUUGUAUCUUGCAGGUUUUGCAGUUAGAAAUUUCUUGAACUAGCACUUGCAUUUGAUAAUAACACUUUGUGUUUGUAAUCACAUCCUAAAAUAUAUAUAUUCCUACCCAUAUACAUGUACGUAGGAAGCUCCAUGUUUCUGUUGCUGUAAAGAAGCAAAAUCUUUCCCUUAAGUAAGAUGACAUGCAUAAGAUAACAGAGCCUCUUUGAUUUCCUUUUCCUGUGUAAUUUAGUAGAUUUCUUGACUAGUGCUUGGACACAGAAUAAAUCAGUGUUAUUUGCUCUUGAAGGCUUUUUUUUUUUCUUUUUUGGGGGGCAGUGAAUAGUUGACUUUAUUAUGUGAGUGUAUUUCUAAAGCAGCUAUAUAGCAGAACAUUUCGAGAGAUUUUGUUAGCUCAGAUGUUCAUGUUGAUUGCUGCUGGGUAAAUAUUAAAUAAAGUUAUCAGAUUAAUCUUAAUGUUUCUGCCUUUAUUCCGGUCAUCAGCGUGGCUUUGCAUAGAAUAGUGGCUACAUAAAUCUCUUGGUCUUGCAAUCAUGAGAUCUGUAGACUUCUUUUGUGAUAGAUCCUAUUUCUGUUGCUGUUGGACUCUAAACACAGAUCAUUUAUGCCAUAGAGAACAGGAGUUGAAAAGUUAACGGUGUAAGUUACCAUCCUGUGGAGAAGAUAACAUUUACCUGGGCAGCUGAACACGAAUGAGUUUAACUAAAGCCAAUUUAGCAAAUCAAGCCAUCAGAGUUUGCCUGCAUUAGAAAACUUGACACAAAACAGAUAACUGCCAGGUGGACAAGGCAAUGGUUAAAUGCUGCCCUUGACAGCUGUGACAUGGUCUGUCUGGAUGCUAGCUCUUUGCCCUGCCCUUUU